GCAGUCUGGGUGAAGUCUCCACUUUGCUGAGCUGAGACGAGGGCGGGAGAUCUGUGCCUAUCUUACCAGAUUCUCACAAAUCCAGGCAGUGCUCCCGAUGACUGUAAAAGGCAAGGGAGCUACUUUUGCCAUGAUAUUGAUGACCGCAGAGUCCCAGCUGAGAAGAGGGAAUGGACGGAAAGCUUCCGUGACAACCCCUGCAUUCACCCCACCCCCCAAAGGUGAAGACUCCGUCAGCACACUGGGCAUGAUCCUUGGAGUGGGACUCUCACUGCUGCUCGUGUCCAUCUUUGGCUACAGCUUGGCCAAGUGGUACCAGCGCGGGUACUGCUGGGACGGGCCUAAUUUUGUCUUCAACUUAUACCAAAUUCGGAACCCGAAGGACUUGGAGGUGGGACCACCCUUCACCAUUAGUGGCCACAUGAGCAGUUCAGAUGGCGGCUACAUGAAGUUCUCCAAUGAAAGAAUCUGAUGGAGAAGCACCUAGCUUCUGGAGAUCAGGACAAGUUCAGGCUGAUGUCUCCGAAGCACCUGCUUUGGCCACUCUUCCAAGACCAUUAUAAUAAUCAUCUCAAUGCUUCCUGAACUGCUUUCACCUGCAUUCAAAUUCUUCUUUGACAUGAAUGGAAAAGUUCUACUCAUUCGUGCAUUCAUUCACCAAAAGUUUAUCGAGUGCUCAUUACGAUGUACUGGCAUUGGCUGGGUGUUAGGGCACAGAGAUAAAUCAAGAUAAAUCAAGAGGAGCUUCUGCUUUCAAUGAGCUGCAGUGAAUUCUGGAUAAAGGACCUUUAAUGAAACUUCACAGAGAACGAAUGGAAAUAGUCAAACUUCAAGACUUUGACAGCGGAGAAAGACCGAGGUACAGAUAGACUCAUUUGCAAAGAACAAAUGAUACCUAGAGCCCAGAGAGGCAGUCUCUCCUUUCCCUGGGGAUGCCUCGCCAGCCCAAUAGCAUGGCUGUGGUAGUUGGUUAGCCCGAGUGAACAGAUAGCACGUGCUUGCUCUGCCUCCACACCCUCCACGCAUACCGGGCUGCACAGUACCGGCUCUAUUACCUUCACUGACUCUUUGCUGGCUUGGAUACUGGGAUCACAUCUUCUGUUGCCUGUUAUGGACUCCAUGUCUGAGCCUUCCCACCUCCUCUUAGCGUAGUCAAUAUAUCAUAAACUUCACUUCUUCCAGUGAGUCCAGCAGGUGUGUGCCUAGGACCCGUGAAGUAUUUCACACCAUUGCAGGUGCGCAGGGCACCGAGAGUGAUACUUCACACUAGCCACUCCGUUUUCACUGGAUGCCUGCAUAGUGACAAGUUUCGUGUUGGAAGCGCACUCAGGUUCUAAGUGGCUCAGAGGGGCUCUGCAGAGGCCACUUGGGUAGCAUUGAAACAGCAACAUGGAAGAAGAGCAUUUGGGGAUGAGGAACUGGCAUGUUCAAAGGGCGGGACCCUGCACAGCAGAGUUUGUUGGGGAAAGGCAGGUGGAUAUGAGGGCCAGAGGGGAGGAGCAGUGAGGAUGUGAAAGGGAAGAAAUGAGAAGGAACAGAAGGCAGGUCUUGAAGAACCUUCUGGUUUAAGUAGAAGCUUUGGGUGUUACCUUACAAGUUGUCCAGUGGAACUCAAAGCUCAAAUUUGCAUUUUCAACUCCUCAUCUUAGUCAAUGGUGGGGAAGCUUAUUUAGUGAUAAGGCAUGCUGGAGGGGGAAAAAAAAAAAAAAAAAAAAAAAAAAACACCUGACCAGGGGGCUGUGGCAAGUAGUCCCAGAGAGGCACGGAAGAAGAAGCAGGAUGGAUAACUACAAGGCCACCGGGCUGAGGGGCCAUCGAGUGGUCGCCUUUUUCAUUAGGCCAGAUCUGCAUGAUUCCCACGGCUGUGUGAGUGGGGUUGCCAUUAACCGUCAUGGGAACCUGUAGAGACAAUCUAAAUUAAGAAGGAAGAAACGAAGCCUCCCGUUUGGCGACACGCAGGGUCUGUAAAGGCACUGGAGGAAUAAGUGCGCCUUGGCACUCGUGGAGGCAGGAGCCUCCACAGGGGCAUUUUCAGGGCAGUCGGGACAGUGGCUAAGGAUGGGAGCUGUUGUGCUGAGGAGUGUUGAGUUGCGGCAGAGAGGCUGCAGGGCUGCAGGGCUGCAGGGCUGCGUGGCCCCGAGACAUGCAGAUUAUGCAGAGAGCAGCUGCAGGCCACAGGUGGGGCUGCUCUUCUGAAGAGCUGAUGAUGAAGGAGGAAGAGGGCGGCACUACGUUUCCCCCUUCUUUGCUUGUGCUCACUCCAGUCCCAACUCUGCACGUGGGAUAAUUCACUGCAGGGACCACUUGGCUAUUACCUCCCCACCCUGCUUAUGGGCUGUGAUUGUCUGAAGACCCUGAGGCUCCAGGCUGGGGUCUGAAGAGCUCAUGCUGAUCUCAGGCAUGGUUCUGGACACUGUAGGCCAAUAUGAUGGCUGUCUGCUCUUCUGAGAGCUAGUGAGUCUAGGGUUGGGGGUGAUAUUCUGAGUUUAUGGGCUGUAGAUGGCCAGGAAUCCUCUUCAGGCCUGUCUUCUCAUCCCUACGCCAUGAUGACAGAUCCACCCAUGAUGCAAGGCUCACAGAGAACACAGAGCACUCACCUCAAUUUCCUCAGCCCCGAGCCCUAACUCAGUGCCGGAGCCAUCCUGAUAGCUACCAAGACUAUCUUUCCUCUGUCUGAGGAAGUGCCACCAUCAAAACAAAAGUUCAGCAACUCCGGGCUUCACACACCCCAGCCCCUCCACGCCCUGUUCUCUCUUUCAUGCCCAAGCCAUGCACUGCUCACCAUCAAUUUCGAGUGGCAGCCUUUCCAGCACGUGGUCCCGCCUUGCUCUGUUUGAAGUGUCCUUUGAGUUUGUUCCCUCUUCUCUAUCCCCACUGCCCCCGCCCGAUCUGCAUGUGUACGCAUCUGUAUGGACUGCGGGUGUCCCUACCCCUCCGUGGUGAAGCCCUAACCUCCAAUGUGACUGCAGGGCCUGUUGGAGGUUAUAAGAUGAGGUCACGGGGAUGGAGCCGCAUGUUUGGAUUAGUGUCUUCAUAGGAGAGAGACCGCAGGUAUCUCUUUCUGUCCCCACAGCUCCAAGGUACCUGUAGACUGUGAAGCAGGCACUCAGUGGCAACUGGAUGAGCCAGAACCUGGAUCCUCCCUUCCCAGCCACCGGAAUGCUUCCGGUUAAAGCCCUGACCCCUCCCUGGCUGUGGGCUCUCUUAUAACUAGAGUUAUGGUAGUUUCCUAUUCUGCUUAUCUACUUCCUGUCUCAUCUUUAGUGUAGGAUACUGGGUUCCUUCAUGGCACUUAGCACGGAUGGCAGCACUUGUUAGUACUCAGUUGCUUGGCAUUUAUCUUUAUAACCAGAUGGUCUGCCCCACGAAGCCAAGGCUGAGUAUCACAUCUGGCAUGCAGUAGGUGACUACUGAGGAAAUGAAAUGCUGUGCUGGUGAGAUGGGUCCGUGAGUGGACAUGUGUGCGGAUACUUGCUGCCAAGCCUGAUGACUUGCGUUCUAUCCCUGGAAUCCAAACAGUGGAAGGAGAGAACCAACUCCAUCAGGUUGUCCUCUGACCUUCACAUAUAAAACAUGCACACACAUAUACAUACACACGUGUGCACGCUACACACUGAAUCAAUAAAACAACAACAAAAUGCUGGCUUCAAUAAAGCUCUCCUUGUUU